CGCUAAGUGAUCGUCUGGGAGCCCGCUGAAUGUGAGCUGAGUGAGCUGAAUCGUGCUGAGUGAGGCAUAGUCUCUGCCUGACGGCUGGCGCAGUGUGAGACAGUUCGAUCGCCCGUGACUGGUUUAGAGCUGCGAGUGGAGAGGAAUCUAGUGUUGAGUGAACAGCGAGUGGGGUGAGGCUGUGAUUUUUUGGCAGUAACUAGUUGAUUCCAUACUUUCAAAAUGGUGAGCUCUCUAAGCUAGAAAGUCAAACUCUAGCGAAGCAGCUGUGAGAAGAAGUGCCGACUGGGCGGGUAGCCGACGUUUGAAAGAGUGAGCGUGGAUUGGGUGAGACGCAAACCGGUAAACGGGUAAACGUCGUAGCGUUACUGGAACAAAACGUGAGCACUCAGGCGAACGCCGACCAAACGAACGACUCCAGAGGCUGCGAGGCGUAGCACCGCCUCAACAUGACGGCGGCAAUCCUGAUGGUACUGGCCAUCAGCAGCUCAGUGAUAACACCAGCGUUUUCACAGCAGCAGCGGUUUCGGGUGCGGCCGUCGGACGCGAGUGUGAUCGAGGGGGAGAGUGUCACGCUGCGCUGCGAGGUCGACCACCAGGUCGGCCAGCUCCAGUGGACCAAGGAGGGCUUCGCCAUGGGGUACGAGCGUGAUCUUCCCGGCUUCCCGAGGUACCGGGUCAUCGGUGACGCCGAGGCCGGGGUCAAUGACCUGCGGAUCGUCAACGUCACACUGGAGGAUGACGCGCUGUUCCAGUGCCAGGUUUCACCCAACGGAGGCCAGGAGGCCAUUCGCGCCGCGGCCUAUGUCACUGUACUGCUGAAGCCCGUAUCCAUAUCGGUGACGUCAGAGGCACGCUCACCGCGACCAGAAGUGUUUGAGAUCCGGACUGGAAACGAGAUCAAGCUGACCUGUGAUGUCAAAGAAGCCAAACCGGCGGCCACGGUGCAAUGGCAAAGGAACGGGGUCGACAUACAACCGGACCAGGAGGUGUCGUUCUCUGACCCGGAUCAGCCGGAACGGAACGACACCAGUUCCACCAUCACCCUGGAGCCCACCCACUUGGAUGACGGCGCCGGGUACUCGUGUCUGGCCAUCCACCCGGCGAUACCGGCCGGCCAGCAGGCCAGCUUCAACACCACCGUCACACUCUCCGUACUCUACGCACCAAGUCCUCCCGAAAUCACCGGCUACGACGAGGGUGAGAUUGUCAGAAUGGACGAGGAGAAGACUCUGACCUGCAUCUCACGGAACGGUAACCCUCUCGCCGAGCUGGUGUGGUUCAAGAACGGCGAGCCCAUCACCUACCAGUACCGGACGAUCCGCAACCGGGCCAUCUCCGAGUACACGUUCAAGGCGGCGGCCUCCGACCUGGACGCCGUCUACCGGUGCGAGGCGUCGUCGUUCGUGCACCCCGAGCCGAUGGUGACUUCCGUCAGAAUGAACGUCCAAUUCGGACCCGAGUCGGUCGAAGUCGAGGGAACUGAGGAGGCCAAACGCGGCGAGGAUAUCCAGAUGUCCUGUAAGACAUCCAGCAGCAACCCUCCGGCCAACAUCACCUGGGUGCUCAACGGACGAACCGUCGUCAACACGACUCAAGCCAUUGAGCCUCACGACGAGGGCGGCUGGGUGUCCCAGUCCAACCUGACUGCCACCAUCCCCAUGAACAUGCGCGAGGACAUGGUGGUCUCCUGCUACGCACUGAACCCUUCUCUGGGCAUCAACGAGGUCGGCACCAUCAAGGUCACGGUACUAUACCCUCCGAAGAAGCCGCGCAUUCUGGGCUACGUUCCGGGCACGUACUUGACCUCAGGUCAGAGCGUGUCCCUCUCGUGCCUGGCGCAGGGCGGCAACCCAUCCGCCUCUCUCACCUGGUACAAGGGCUCUGACGAGAAGAACUCCAAGACGAAAGUCGAUGACGACGUGGCGAGGAGUGUGCUGUCGUUCGCCGUCGACUACCGCGAUAACGAAGCGGUGUACCGGUGCGACAGCUCCAACCCGGUGCUGGAGAGUCCCGACUCGACCAAUGUCACGCUGCUCGUCUACUACCCACCGCCUGGUCUGAAGCUGAAGGUCAAGCAGAAGAAGCUGAAGGCCGGGAAGCGGGCGGUCAUCAUCUGUGAGUCUCGACCGUCGAACCCGGCGGCCAAUCUGACCUGGUGGCGCAACAGUGAGCUGGUCACCGACGGAGUGUCGAAUGUCACCAGCAAACCGGCCGGCGAUCACGGAGGAUUCACCAGCAAGAUCCGGCUCCGGAAGCGUCUGGAGUGGACUGACGACCAAGCGGUCUACACAUGCCGCUCUCAGGUCUCUGUGCUGCCCGGAAACAUGCACGACGCCAUCACACUUCACGUUGCCUUCGCGCCCGUCUUCACCAAGAAAUCCAUCACCGAGGACAUCCUGGUGGGCGACUCGCGUCUGCUGGACCUCACUGCUCGCGGCAGUCCAGACAACAUCACCUAUCGUUGGUUCAGGGGUGACGGCGGCCUGCCGUCCGAGGGCGCCCGCGUGGUCGGCAUAGGACCGCUGCUCAACAUUACGGCAGUUCAGAAGGCGGACGCCGGACGGUACAGACUGGAGGCCGAGAACGACGAGGGCACCUCCAAGAUGAGGGUCACCAUUAAUGUGCAGUACCCUCCGGAGGUGACGACUAUCUCUCGCGAGCUGCUGGUGGCCCCCGGUGCCACGGCCGUCCUGGAGUGUUUCGCCGACGCCAACCCUACCACCGACGACAUGAUCAAGUGGUCGAGAGACGACUUCACCUUCGGCGGCAACAAGACCAAGUCGUUCUACCGCAACGGCACCUCCUUCCUCACCGUCUACGACGCCAGGAAGGAGGACAUUGGAGAGUUCCUCUGCACGGUCGACAACGGACUCGGAGAGGUCAACGCCACAGCUGGGCUGCUUGUGGAACAUGCCCCUGAGAUCGACACCAGUCCGCAGUUUCUGAAGUCGGCCGCUGAGAAAGGCGAAACUGCUCUGAUCACGUGUCGUGCCCGCGGAGCUCCCAAUGUUACAUUCGAGUGGUCACGUGGUGGCGUGGCCAUCGACGAGUCGACCGAAGACGACAAGUACAGCAUUACGUACACCAGGGAGGGCCUGGUGACCUGGCAGUCGGUGCUGAAGGUCUCCUCUGUGGUCACCGCUGACUAUGGUGCCUACGCGUGUGUGGCGCGCAACGAGCUCAACUUCCAGCGCCAGGAGAUAGAGCUGGGUGGCACCACCUCUCCCGACCCGCCCAUCGAGGUCAAGGCGCUCAGCGUGACACACAACAGUGUCGAGCUCAGCUGGACUCCCGGGUUCGACGGCGGCCUCAUACAGCGGUACCGGGUGCGGUACACGGAGACGGCCGGCCCAGAGCGGUUCAGUUACCAGGACGUGCUGCCGGAGAACGCCACCGUGUUCAGCGUCGAGCUGCUGCGGCCCAACACCGAGUACAGCUUCUCCGUGCAGGCCUACAACGACCUCGGAGAGAGCGGGUACACCAAGGACGUCGUCAAAGCCAAAACCACCGACGGUCCGGAGGCCCCUGCGCCUCCCGAGGAGGAGGACCGCGCCCGCGAGCUGCUCUCCCGGCUGGCCGUGUUUGUCAUCACCGUGGCCGGCGCCAUCCUGCUCGUCAUUAACGUCAUCCUGAUGACGUGCUUUGUCCGACGACGUCAGCUCAGACGGCUGUCAAAGCUGGCCAGUAGCAGCGCCAAGUCGGACACGCUGCGCAGUUACAGUGGCGACACAGACAGCUCCGACGCGAGCCGAGCUGAUGACGACAGCUACUCCGUUGGCGGGACGGCCAACAGCUACACGGAGGGUAGCAGUAGCAGCCGUGGCUACGGUCCCGGCUCAGAGACCACGGCUGGCUACGGCGGACGGCCGUGGUCACCCGCCUCUACGGCUUACAGUCGUGGCGGCACGGCGCGGCGCGCGGGCUACGGCGGGGGACCGUACCGACAGACCGUGCCCACCCCCGACCUCCUGGCGGGCGGCGGUAGGAGGGCCGAUCCCUACUACCCCGAGUCAGUGGAUCUCUCUGACUGGGGAGAGCAGAGGGGGCAGACGCGCCAGCCGAGACUGCGGGUCCUUCCGUCGCCACCGCCACCGCUGGAGCAGCGCGGCCACCUCUUCUAGACUGAAGACGGACCGGACACGCGGACAGGCGGACAGACGGACGAAUGGACAGACGGACAGAUUGACAGGCAGGUAGACGGGCAGACAGACAGACGGACAGACGGACAGACGGACAGACGGAUAAAUGGACCGACGGACGGACGAACAGACAGACGGACGGAUGGACCGGACAAACAGACUAAUGGGAUGGGGAUGUAACUAUGCGUUGUGCGUUGUAUGUACGCUUGUCUCUGCCAUACUGGGUUGAGAGUUUGAAAGGAAAGUCUCGAAAGGCUCAAUAAUCAAUAUGUAUCUUGACGGCGAGAUGGAUUAUUUUGCCUACAUGCGAGCUAAGUGUGAAUGAGCGAGGUGCCAUACCGUAUUUGUAGCUUGCUGUCGAAUAUCAUCAUUCAGCACUGAUGCGUCUUUUAUAAGGAGCAUGUUACGUGACUAUCACAACUGAACUGCCAUUAUAUGUGAGCUUUUCCCUGCGAAUAGGUCGAUUUUGUAAAUAAACGUUUAUUGAUAAUACAUACGAAAUACUCUAUUAGACUUUCUCCAUUCAGCCCUUUCACACUAUGCAGGUGUCGUACUAACAUUUUCAUCUCACUGUUUGAUAUUUAUUUUCUCAUAGCGUUGUCAAAAUGUUACGAAAACUAGGGCUAC